AUGGCGGAAGAAAGCAAGAAUGUUCAUGGAGGUCCCCUCUCCUUCUUCGCCAAAGGCGUCGGCUUCGCCAAAGACGGCUACUGCCGGACCGCCGAAGGCGACAAGCGUCACCUCUCCGUCGCCGCCAUCAUGAGCCAUGCCUUUCAUCAAUCCGAGUACGGCGACGACGAUUACAAGGGCAUCUCGGCGGGGGAGAAGACGUGUAUCUCUGCGCACGACUUCAAGGAGGCGAUUAGGGAGAUGGGGCCAGAUCUUGGGCCAAAAAUCCUGCUUUCCAGUACCCAUGAGCAGGCGCUGGAUGUUGUGAGUUUGGCGGAGUUGAAGAGGUAUGCGACCAAGGAGAAGUGA